GGAGUGAAGCAGCCUCAGAGGUGUCUGACACCCUCCGGCACAGCCAAGGGCACCGCUUCAGUGAUGCUACUCUUCUCCAACUAUUUACCACAUUAGUUUGCGAUUUGGAAAGUGCCUGAACUGCCCUUGCACAGUAAUUACAAUAAUAUUUUUUUUUCCCCAAGGGGCGAAAAGUACAGGGUCGCCCUGUGCUUGUAAGCAUGGAAGUUGGAAUCAGCCUCAUUACCUUUACGCAUGGCUGUGUCUCGCCUCUUCGGAUGAUGCUGCCGGGCUUAUGAGACCGUUUCAGGGCGUCAAGAGCGGAGUAAAAAGUGAGCAACGAUGCGGGGCAUCGAGCUGCUGCUCGGUUACUUUCUGGUGAAAGUUAUGGUGUGCGACGCGGAGGGCGAGCCGGGUCAGACCAUCGACGACUUCAUGAUGGUAACCGGGUUUAACGACUCAAAGGAAGGGGAGAGCGGAGUCACCGAGAGCCCGCCCAUUGAGGACAAGUGCCGCGGCUACUACGACGUGAUGGGCCAGUGGGACCCGCCGUUCGUGUGCAGGACGGGCAGCUACCUGUACUGCUGCGGCACCUGUGGCUUCAGGUUCUGCUGCGCGUUUAAAAGCUCCAGGCUGGACCAGACCACCUGUAAGAACUACGACACCCCGCCGUGGAUGAUGACAGGCAAACCCCCGCCUAAAGUGGACGUGGCGCUGGACAACGCGAAGGAUAAAACAAACCUCAUUGUGUAUGUCAUAUGCGGGGUCGUGGCCUUAAUGGCACUGAUAGGAAUUUUCACCAAGCUUGGUUUGGAAAAGACGCACCGUCCAAACAGAGAGAAUAUGUCAAGGGCUCUUGCACACGUGAUCCGCCACCCAGCAUCAGAACAUACGGACGACAUUGGACUUGGCCAGCACUAUGAGAACAUACAGACGAGAGUCACAGUUAACAGUCUCCAUAGCAACCAGAUGAACAACAUUGUUCAAACAUCAACUUUGAUAACUCAGCCUUACCCGGCUUUGGGACAGAUCACCAGCCCCUAUGAACAACAGAAGCCUGUCAAGGAUCUCAAUAAGUACGCCACGCUCAAGGCUGUGGCAGAGAAAGUUAAUGAUGGCUUCUAUAGCAGCCGACGGCAAGUGAUCGAGAUGACAACCAAGGGCAGCCUUCCCAUGGAAGCACUGGAUAUGGGGCCAGAGCCGAGUAAUCCUUACAGCCCACCUAGGCAGCUGUCUACAAAGCAGAAUGAACACAAGUACAAAAGCCCCAAGAACCACAGCUCGAAGAAACUGUCCUACGGUUCCAACACUGCUACAAGCCCAGGGGUGCUAAGAUCCUUGGAGAGCAAGGACACGUUGGGACUCCGACAGAGCUAUGGCCAAAAGAAACUCUGCAUUGUAGAGAAGGAGCUGCACACCACUCGCUACAUGCCCCCACAGCCAUACUUUGUCACCAACAGCAAGACAGAAGUGACAGUAUGAGGGAUUGUCCACACAUCAGGCUUAAAAGGAGUCUGAAUUAAAGAAAGACAGUAACUGCUGACUGAGGAUGGUUUUGCAAGAAAGCCGCAUAGACUGCUGUUUGUGUAGUUGUGCAUGUAAUGGGCAGCAUUUAGGAUGCCACCUAAAGGUGAAGUGUACUGUAACAGGACUCAGCAUCAAUCACUGUGCCUCCGGAAGGUACAGUGAUGAAUAUAUUCUCAUCAAUAUUCAUGUAAUCCAAAUGCUAAAACAAAACACAAAAGCUAAAUAAAUCAUUUACAGCAUAUCAGUGAUGAGACAUGUGACACUUACAGUUCUCAAUAUUCAAUAAGAUAUCGAAGGAUCUGAAAAUUAGUCUAUCUACUGUAGUUUUUAUUAAAUCAAAAGUGUCUAAAUGAGAAAAAAAUCUUAUUUACUGUAUUUAAUCAAGGUUGAGUAGUCUAUGGUUAAUUGGGUAUCGAUGAAAAGCUUUACUGGACAAUUUAUAGAUACUGUUUAGAAUAGGAUGGCAUUGCUUGGACGAUGAAGACUAGGAAUGAAUGCACUAAUCCAGUAAGGGCAGUGUCCAAAAUGAAGUUUUUGGCUUGCCUGUCCCAAGCUGAUAAACUUUGAGAAAAUCACAUGAAUAAAUUGAAGGAGUCCCAAUUCUAGUUAUUUUAAUUAUGUAUUUGAAAUUAAAGGAUUCAGUACUUUUAGUAUGUUAAACUAGUGACUGUUAAUGAGUAAGAAAACGCAGUUAAAUGAGAAUAACUAACAGUUUGGGAGCUCACACAGAAUUUUUAUAUUUUUUUUAAACUUCAGUAUCCUCUACAAAUCACACCCUAAGCUAUACAGUACUCUCAGUAUGAGCCCUGCAAAAGAUUACUUACAUUUGUAUUGUCGUUCAGAAUGCCUAAAAAGUCGAACAAAGCCAGUUAAUCAUGCCCAAUUUAGAUUGCCAUGACUAUCACUGACAUAAGUAAGAACUUUAUUCAUUUAAGACAAAGACUUUGAGACACAAAACUGUCCAAAAGUCAGUUAUUCAGGUUCAUUUCCAAAAUGCUGUACAUCCAUUUUGGGGACAAAUCAUAAGCUAAGUUUAUCAGUCAGUAUUUCUAAAAUAUAGACAGUUCAGUCUGUUAAAGUGUUUACUGUUGACUUAAAUGACUUAAGAUCCAUUUAAAUUUUGUGAAUGUAGUGUAACUUUAGAUUACUCAUUUCGAAAGAAAACUUGCAAAUGUGUUCAGACCAAGUCACUGCCAACAGACAUCCUACUGAUACAUAUACUGUAUUUCUACAAUAACUAGGAGAAGUAGCUGCAGAUCGUUGAGCCAGUGUUGUAUUGGUGUAAUAGUGCCUCUCAUCAGUACCAGCAUGUGUGUGGUUAUCCUAGAAUAUACUGUAGAUGAAGCCCCAGUAUUAUGCCCCCAACAGAAGUAAUUUUUGGUGUGAAGAAGGUGGCUCACAGUUUGCAUCAAUGUAAGUAAUUUAAAGAAUGCAUAUAACGAAUGCAUCUGGUCUGAGCAGCCUAAAUGCAAGUGGUAGCAGUUGACAAGUCCAUUGUUGGAGGCUAUCAGUUAAUGAACUUUUGUCAGGAUGAAUGUAGUUUAUGUUGUGAAUAAAAGUAAAGUUUUUUUUUUUGGGGUCUGUUACUACACAAAUAAAUGGGUCCUCUAAUCUAGACAAUUUGUUGGAUGACUGACCCCAUCAACCUACUUACAACUAUAUUUAACUGCUAUACCAUGAAAGCUGCAAAUUCACAAAAUUUUGGUCAAUACUACAUCCUAGCAAAUGUACCAAUACUAAAAACUAACCAAAAUAGGACAUCAGGACACUGGAAUUCAUGCCACACUUGGCAAAAAGUUUUGAGAAACCAGGGUUUUCAGGUGCAGUUGAUUAUUUCUUGCACUGAUUUCCAAGCCAAGCAAUAUAAAAGGAUGCUCAAGCCUGCCUGCAAGUCUUACUCAUGCGGUUGAUUAUUUCAGGCAGCUGAGGACAAGGCUGCACUCAUAGCUGAGUGGGACGUGGGAAUUGCUAGUAUGAAGGUGUAUUUAUGUCUUCUCAAGUCCAAUUUGU